AUGUUGUUUGAAGGCCUGCUUGAAUUGUUAAGGCAACCUCCUUCAGAAAUACAAUUUCGCUAUAAAGUACAUGAGAAAACGAAAAAGUUGGCGGAAGAGGUAAAACGGGGCGAUCUUGUGAGCAUCACAAAGGAGUACAAUACUCUUCGGCAGCGAAAGGAACUCUCAUUCAUUUCUAGACAUCUAUACCAAAACCUAUUACGCUCUCUACGCCCUGCAAAGUCUGAACAAAAGAGUAACAUUCCAAUACCCCUUAUAGCAAGCACGGCCUUUAAAAUAUUUCGUGAUGUUGUAAGACAAGAUGUUCAAUUGUCUAUAAAUGAUUGUAACCAUUUGUUGCAUUUGUCGUUCUUGGUAGGCAAUAGAAAGCUUGCCAACCAGAUACAAAUGUACGUGAAAAAAAACAAGCUCUCGCCAAAUCGCUGUUAUUAUAAUAGCAUCAUUUCUCUGAUUGUCGGAAGAAAGGCAGAGUUAAAACGUCACCUUAGAUACCAAGAACUUUGCAAUAAUUCUGUUUCUUCAUAUCAACAACGCGUCCUCGAUGUCAUAAAUCAGUCCAUGAAGGAACAUGGGAUUUUUCCUAAUGCGAUGAGUUUUGAUCAGCUAUUCUUAAGUAUUGCCAAAGACAAUGAGCCUUGGAAAAUGCACUCUUUUCUUCAAUCACAUUACGGUGUUUUUCUAAACGGGGAAAAUAUUAAGAAAUAUUCUCUAGAUGAUAUUCUCUAUCCUACAACGCAUACACUAUCAGCAGUUGUAACCGGUUUCUGUGCCGUUGAUGAUAUUAAGAAUGCCUUUGCCUACCUUGAAGCGCUGUCUACUCUUUAUCAACUCUCUGUACCUAAGGAUGUUUGGCAGAGGCUCUUACAGUAUGCAGCGUCAUCCCGAUCUUUUAAGCCAACUCACUAUUGGCUUCUUCACGUUUUUGAAUCAUAUCUCUCGUCGACAAAUGGCUUUCCAGCUGUAGACAUAUUGUCACGUCUACUUCACAUAACGUGUAGCAAACAUUAUAUUCUCACGAGCACACUUCUUUAUGAACGUUGGAUUCAUUUAGUCACUUGCUCAUUUUCUCUAUGGUCCCCAACCCGUAUAAGAAGCCAUUACGAAAUGUUAGACGAGCAUAAGGAACGUUUGCAAACAAGGUACCAAACAAGGUUUAAGGCUUAUGAUAACAAUUUUACUGCACACCAAUUGCUUGAAGCUGGUCUUCAAACAAUUCAAAAGCAUCUUUCAAACUUAGACGAGGAAGCGGAUACACUUCAUCAACUUCCACAAAAAUUACAAACGAAGUAA